AAAAGAACAAACUCCAGGUGCAGCAGCUGAAAUCUGUGUGACUGUUAAAAAUGGAGUUUAUUAAAGAGGAGAUUAAAGACAUCAGUCAUCCAGAACCAUUCAGAAUAAAACAUGAAGAUACUGAGGAACAAACAGACUUGACUGAAGUAAAAGAGCAAAAAGUAAAGCUGGAAGAAGUGGAGGAGGAACACUGUAAAAUAAAAAAAUCAAGAAAAAAAGCCAAACAGCUACACAACUGCACACAGUGUGGAAAGAGUUUCAGAAAAAAAGAAAACCUCAGUCUGCACAUGAGGAUCCACACUGGAGAGAAACCGCACACAUGCCCUCAGUGUGGAAAGUGUUUUACUUCACCAGGAAGUCUCCGUUAUCACCUGCUCAUUCACUCUGGAGAAAAGCCUUUUAGCUGUGAUCAGUGUGGUAAAAAGUUUGUGUUAUUAUCAAUUCUAAAACAACACAUGAAAGUUCAUUCAGAUGAGAAGCCUUAUGUGUGUUCUUACUGUGGAAAGAGUUGCAGAAAAAAAACAAACCUUAAUGUGCACAUGAGAAUCCACACUGGGGAGAAACCGUAUACAUGCCCUCAGUGUGGAAGGAGUUUUGCUGAUCCGUCAAGUCUCAGUUAUCAUCUGCACACUCACUCUGGAGAAAAGCCACUUAACUGUGAUCAGUGUGGAAAAAAGUUUAUUUCAUCAUCAACUCUAAAGCAACACCAGAAACUUCAUUCAAAUGAGAAGCCUCAUGUGUGUUCUUUAUGUGGAAUGCGUUUUUUACGGCUGGACAGUUGUAGACAGCACGAGAAAACUCAUAAUGAAGUGAGAGAACACAUGUGCUUUGAGUGUGGGAAGAGCUUUACUACAGCUGCCAUUUUGACAAAUCAUCAAAGAAUUCACACUGGAGAAAAACCCCACAAGUGCUCAUAUUGUGACAAGAGUUUCACUCUGGCUGGAAACCUGAAAAGGCAUGAAGGACUUCAUACUGGAGAGAAGCCGUAUCACUGUACUCAGUGUGGAAAGAGUUUCAUAGAUGCAUCAACUCUUAAAAAUCAUCUGCUCAAUCACUCUGGAGAAAAGCCAUUUAGCUGUGAUCAGUGCGGGAAAAAGUUCGUUUCAUCAUCACGUCUAAAAAGUCACCUGAUUGUUCAUUCAGACGAAAAGCCUUAUGUUUGUUCUUUCUGUGGAAAGAGUUUUUCAAGACUGACUCACUGUAAGCAGCAUCAGAAAACACAUAGUGGUGUAAAAGAUCAUUUAUGUUCUGAGUGUGGGAAGAGCUUUACUACAGCUCCUCAUCUGAAACAGCACCAAAGAAUUCAUACUGGAGAAAAACCUUACAAGUGCUCACAAUGUGACAAGUGUUUCAAUCGGCCUGGAAGCCUGAAAUCACAUCAGCAAGUUCAUACUGGAGAGAAGCCGUACCACUGUACUCAGUGUGGAAAGAGUUACACUCGGUUAAGAAUUUUAGUGGCUCACAUUAAAAAGCAUUGUUCUGUGUCAGAGUGAGCAAAUGUUUUCUAGAGAUUCAAUAUUUGUAGUCAAUUAUGUGAGAUUAAGUAAAUGUGCAGUCAGCUUAAAUAAACUAGUUGUGCUUUGAAAUGCCUCAAGAGUUGUGUGGAUGCUUUUUCUGUGUCAAUGGAGAAGAGCAAAAUUAUUUAUUCACUUUAAUCUUACAUUUUAUCAUUUAAUUCAGUACCUUCUCAGUGAUUCAGUGCCUCAGUUUCUGACCUUUUGUAAGAAAUUUCUCUGCAACAAAAUGACAUAUAAUAACAUUUCCAUUUCACUGACAACUUAGAUGUGUUUUUCUUUUUUUUUUUUAUUGAUGAGUAUUUAGUUGUUCAGUAAUAGAUUUUAUAUGUGAUGAUUCUGUAGUUUGUUGACACACAAUGAAAUGUGCUUAAUGUGCC